CAACCGUUAGGAUGAACCUACCACUGUUUCCGACCCAGCGGCAGCAACGCUUCUUGUCUCAUCCUGUCUCGAUUUUGGGUUGACAAUGGCGGUCAAUGGCUGUUGAGCAAUGCAAAAGAGAACAAGAAAAGACAAUACAUCCACCCACCCACUAGCUAGACUGAGAUUGCAAAAGGAGUCAAGAGAUAGACCAGGAGGAAAAGCUGGUUGUUUGGAAGGGCCAGGUGGAUCUGUUUUUCUCAGAUCGGCGGCUGCUGGCCCAAAACCAAAUUUGCAGCAGCAGAUUACCAUCUUUGACCCUUCCAAUUUGGUAUUGAUUGAUCACACCAAUUUACGUACAGUAUAACAAGAUGAUCUCCAACACUAGCAGCAUCCAGUUGAUGGCUCCGACGCAUUCUCUGGAAAAACGUGUCAAUGAUUACAUGCGUCCCUUCCACACGGCAACCUGCCAGGAACACUUGAUUGGCGCGCUGCAGCAACUGCCCAAAUCGCCCACAUUUCCGCAGGAAGAGUCCACCAUUCGAGAACAAGUCGCUCUCCGAUUGCUGCAAGAAGUCAUUGUCAUGGGAGCCCAAGAACAGGAAGCACUCGAUGCCUGUCUCGUGGCAUGUGGACCUCUGGAAGCUCUCUCGGCAUGUGCCACGACGCUGCAAGAAAUUGCUCAAAAGUACAACCAAAAGUCGUCCAAAAAGAAGAAACGGGCAGCCUCGUCUGUAGAAUCGCCCUCCAUUUUGGAAACCGCACUGAGAACCAUUCGACGCUGGCUCGUCAAGGGUGUCAGUUUCCCACCCGACUAUGAUACCACCAAUGGAUACGAAGAACGAUGUUGGGUAGAACAGGUCACCCUCACGCUCUCCAGUCACUUGUCACGCUAUAACACCAACAAUCAGCACUACAACUACAACUACAAUCAGCAGCAACAGAAUGCACAGAGUGCUAGGAACCAGGAGUAUCUAUCACCCAUCAUUCAAGCGUGUCUGGAAUCAUUGACCAAAUUGGUGCUCCUGUUUCCCGUACAAAUAUCCAAUGCCUGUCAUGCAUUGGCAGUACAGUUACCUACUUGGGCCAUUGGCUCGCGGUACAAUCCACGCCUCAUUGAAGGAGCCAUUAGUAUGGCACUCUAUCAACAAGAAAUUGAAGGAUCUUCCUAUUCGGCAUCCUAUUUCAAACUACUCGUACAACACAUGGUCCGCAGUCGCAAUCCCGACGACGUCGCUUUGGGACUCUACAAGUACCACGAACGACACUACCGUUCUCACGAUUCCACCAACAGUACCAGUAGUACACAGCACCAACAACCCAAGGCACUCUGUCAUUUGCUACUCCAACUGCAUCGACAGACACUCUCGCCACGAGAAUCCGCUCAAUUGCUGCGCAGUGUCACCAUUUCCAGCAUUCCAAGACAAUCCCAUGCCACCAAGAUUGCCACUACACAAUUGACCGAACUAUGGCAACGACACUUGUACCCGUACAUGGAGCUGUCCUGUCGACCCAUUCUAGUGGCGUCGCGACGGGUUCGAGAAGCAUUUGUACGACUACUCGUGUUGUCGCCCAGUUCGGUGCUCAAUGAAGAAUGGCCCGAUCGAUUGCUCUGUCAUUGUGUCGCGUCGCUAUUGGCCAAUCCCGCUCCACUGCUCACCAAAAAGAAAAGUGACAAGACACGGUCCACGGCCGAUUCGGAAGGCAGUAGCACGACGAGCAGUAGUGAAGAGGAUAGUAGUAGUAGUGAGGACAGUAGUAGCGGCGAAGAGGACCUGGAUUCCGACAGUGAGGACUCGAUAGAGGGAGCAUUGCAACAUCAUGCCUGGUUGGCCAAGCAUGUCCAAGAAGUCAUUGCGACAUGGUCGCUGGCAGUCUUUGUACGACAAACCGAUCAUCGAUUGCAACGACACGUGACCAACUUUUUGUUGAGUGGCAUGUGCUUUUUGCAACUCCAACAAGAUGAUACCAACAACAAUUCCACCAGCCACCACAAUAAUAAUCAUAAAAACGCGCCGCACAUGUCCGAAUUGGUGGCAGGACUCCUCGAAGGUGUCACGGUACGGUUGGAAUCAUCCAUACCAGCCAUUCGCAAAGAUGGAAUGAUGAUUGCCGAACGAUUGGCACAAAAAAUGGGACAGGAAUUGCAAUUUGAUGAACUGGAUCAGGAACGAUCGUUGAUGGACGAUGAUGAAGUGACAUUUUUGCAGUCGGUCAUGACGGCCUCGGAAUUCCCGUCUCACUAUUGCACCACUGCUGUUGGUCGGAAAAAGCAAAAGCAAAAGGCAUCACAACUGUUGCAGCAGAGAAUGGAAGAAGAAAAAGCUGCGCAGCACGAGAAGAGACGUGAACAACCUCAAUCUCAACAUCAGCAACGAAAGUCCAACAAGAAGAGCGCCAAAAAGAAGGAAAAGGAAGAGCGCCGGAAACGACGAAAGGCAAAACGGGAGGGGAAAAGUGAUACUCGGAUUCUCGAUGCGGUGUAUGGGAACGUCAAGUCGCCAAACUCGAAACGAGGGAACCGGAGGAAUCCGCGCGAUUCCUAUGAGGACUCCACCCAAUAUCAACCAGACGAAAGUACCGCGGAGCAACAUGCCGAACAACAUGAACCGAUUCGUUCUCCUCGUACUCCUCCUCAAGCUGGUACCGCAAGCUUUCAGCUUCCAAACCUCCUCCAAUCCAAACACAACAGCCCCACCAGACAUCACAGCCCCACCAGACACCAGAGCCCCACCAGACAUCGUCAAAAUCAGGGAGCCAAGACUCCCCCCAAGUCCGCUCUCAAAGACAAAAGACGACGGCACUCUCCGUCUCCCCGACAAACUACACACCACGAGGAAGAACAGAUGCAACCUCAGCAAGUCCAACAGCAACAGCGACAACAGCAAUCCAAGUAUGAUAGUUAUGACAACUCAACGAUGCAGCAAGAAGACAACCAAGUGAAUGAUUCUGUCAUGGCACAUGUGGGACCUCCUCGGCAGCCGCAGCACCAACAACCACCCGAACAGACCGCUGCCUACUUUCACGAUCAACAGCACUUUUUGCAGCAACAGCAGCAGAUCCAGCUCCCACCCCAGCACAGUCAAGCCGUCCAGCAGUACCACGGCACACCGCAGCAAGUGCAAUUACAGACACCAAUGAUGCAGCCAGUGCCGCCACAGCAACAACCAGCUGGUAACCUCCACCAACAGCUUGAGUUUCACAAUCAACAGCAAGAGCAAGAACAAUAUCACCCAGAAGAGCAGCAUCAGCCACAAGUCCACAUGGGGAUGCAACUACCUCCAAUCGAGUAUCAACCACGGCAUGAUUUCCAAUACGACGAGCAGAUUCAAUAUCAGUAUGAUGAUCACCAACCGCAUGCAAUGGAAAUGCAGGCACAAGGAUACACCCCUCGGCACAGCAACGCAGCUGUUCAUCGUUUCAGUCAUGAGGAAGAUCCUUCGUUCCCUUCGCAGCAGGAUUACCACGGUGGUGCAGACGAAACAUAUGCAACGUCGGAACAGCCCAUCAUGUUGCAUGACCGACGACAAGAACUCCAUCCGUCGAUAAAGCAUACCUACCAUGGUCAAGGGGAUGAUGUUGACACGCAUAGAACAAGCUAUAAUGGGGGCAUUACCAAGCAUGUCUCAUGGGACCACACUCUCGACAGAACUGACUAUGUCAUUCCUGCACCGGAGGAAGUCCGGCAAGAGAUGUAUUGGCAGAACCAAUUGAAGAAUCAGCGUCGCCAAAAGCACUAUAAGCAACAGGAAGAGGUGCAGGAGCGUUUGCAGAGGCAACGCCAACACGAGCAGCGGAUGAAAGAGAAGGAGAAAGAACGAGAAGAGCAAAUCACCAUGAGGAUCGCCUCAUCGCCUACACCUUCUUUCAAAGACAGUGCCACACAGAGCUUAAUAAGCCGCGACCCCCCGGAACAGUACCCGUCAACCCCACGUCGCCGUCGGGAUGAACAGAGGGGUAGACCACAGACUCCUAUUGUGGUGACAACUGUCGACGAUCGUGAAGACAACGAUGACGACGAUGAAGGCGUUGCGGCUUGUUGGACCCAGCAAGAAGUUGAGAUGGUUCUCGAGAAAGACCCGCCAAAGCAUUCUGCGUUGUCGCCACUACCAACUACCCUUGGUCCCCAUUCUGGCAGUCCCAGGAAGAGCCCCGGAAAUGAUAACAUGGCCCGACCCCCAGCAAACCCCCGGCGCAAUGACCCCCCUGAGAUGCCUUCUUCCAGCAGUGAGAAAGCGAGUGGUGUUCCAUCCUUGAUCUUUGCCAUGGUCGAGGAGGAGGAACAGGACGGCAACAAAGAAACGAAAGAGGCGAUGGAACCUGACAGUAGCGACAGCAACAAUAAGUGGGGUGUGGAUAAGAAGGAAACCAUCGAGGACGACUCUCUUUUUGCAAUGGAGCAUAAGAGAUUCAAGGAAAAGCAACUUGCGACCGGGAAACCUCCUCUUUCGCCAAGAUCUAGAUUCGGUUAUCAGCAACAGGCACCCAAACCCCGAAAGGGCGUCAACCCGCACAAACAGUCCUCGCUCUCUUCCUCGGCUACAAACAACCAUAAGGACUCUUUUGCAACCAGCGUCAGGACCAGAUCUCAUCCAUCCGUCGACCCUGCAGAAAUUGAUGCUCGAAUAUUGGCAGCUGCGUACGAACAGGAAUCCUUGCCAUCUGAAAGUUCGGCGCCAUCACUAUCGAUAUACUCUUCGACCUCGACUGGUUUCUCGCUUGCGUUGAAUGGUGAACAGGAAGCACCCGAAGCAAGCCAGCGAGCAACUCGACAACCGAAACAGGCAUAUUCCAAGGCUUUCGAACACAUCAAACGAAAGCAGCAGAACAGACGCAACAAAGAGGAUCCCCACAAGCACCGUUCGCCAAUCAUUUUCGACGGAAGAACGUCGAAAUCACCCGACAAGAGAGUGCUCAUUGUAGAUCCUGAUGCGGCAUACGUAAGUGAAGACGACGAGGAAGAAGAAGAUGAUGUAAACUACGACGGUACCUUUGAGGAUGAUGACGACUAUUAUGAUGAGGAGGAUGAAAGCAGGUCAACGGAUGACGAAGAAGAAUACACAGACGACGUUUCGUACACCGAUGACUACGACGACGAUGACUCGGAAUGGGACGAGUCCGAGCAACGACAUCUCGAUACAUAUGAUGUGGAAGACGACGAAGAAGAUUUGAGAGAGACGCCACAGCCUCGGUAUCUACGAGACUGCUUGGAACUCUUGCGAGCUCCAGAUAGCGACAAGGAAGCAUACAGCAAACACGAAGCAGCUCUAACAUACCUUCCUCGUUUGAUCAAAGCGAAGGAGAAACCUGCUGAUUUACCAGACCUUGCUGUCCCUCUGGCUCUGGAAUUGAUGCGUUUGGAAAACAAGUACAAUCUCGAUAGCUUUGAAGAUGAUAGGCUCAUUGCUGUGAUCGCCUUAACAGUCGCAGAACCGCUUGCAGUGGGGCAGCGGUUGAUCCUUUUGUUGUGGGAAGACAUUGCGUUUAUGGACCGAUUGGACGGACUGACAAUUCUGAGCGAGGCUGCAUUUGAGCUUUCGGGAAACAAGAAGCUCGAGCAAUGGAACAAGAAAAUGGCAAAUAAUAGAAGGAAUGAUGACGGCAAUAGUCACGGAAAACGCGCCUAUGUGAAGGAGAACUACAGUCUUGUGAGCAACAAAGACAACUCAACAAUGACCGGAGAGGAUAUGGGAAGCAUUGUCUCGGUGCACGCAGAGCGUGCUCUUGGGCAAGUAGAAUCAAAGACCCGUCGAUGGGGACGUGGCAGGAGACAGCCUGAAACCCAUGCCUUGCGGAGUCGGUUCGGCCCUGUUGCUCAUGUUUGGUACUAUUCCCUCGUUGGCGGUUUCCUGCAGCGGAAAGACAACGCGGCACUCUGGGGAGGCGCAGUGGGUGCAAGGUUGCUCGCAAACUUGUUUGUUACUCUCGCAACUAUCGUUGAAUGUGCGGGAGUUGCACCCGGAACUGAUGUGUUGGCCAAGGAUAUGUUCGAGCUGGUUUGGUCAUUCCGAACAGUUGAUGUAGCCGAAGUGCGCAUGGCGGUACUGGUUGCGAUUGCAGCAUCGCUGUCAUGUCUUCCCGAAGACGUGGUUUUGACCAUGAUGUUUGAUGGUCCGUUCAGUAGUCUUCCAGAGGGAUUGAAGCAGAUGUCGCAGCUAGAUCCCGAUCAGAGCUGCCGCAGGCUUGCUAGUAGCAUGUCAAAGGGAAUAUCAGGCAUUGUUGACUCCCUCCAACCUGUUGGUAAAGUUACCAAGUUGAGCCUGUCGAUGUAGCGCAACACGUCGAUCGCUGGGUUCAAUUCGCAACUACCGAUAGCUAAGCCAUACAAUCAUAACUUCUGUUGAAUGAAAAGCUU